UCUUUGGCGGUGGCUAAUUUUUACUAUGUCCCUAUGCCUGAAACAGAGAGCAGCCCACUCCUUUGUCUAAUCUGCUUAAAUCUAUAUAGUCAUCCUACCCCAAAUCUCAGUCUAGUGAAUGAAGCCCCAAAUUAGGGCUUCUCAACGAAUUCCCAGACGGCCCGUCCUCACCAGCUCCAGGACAGGCACCACACCAGAAAGGGCAGGGGCAUCAGGAAACGCCGCCUUUUAAGUGCCGACUCUGAAUUGGGAGGUCUCUAUCAAGGGGAGUUUCCUCAGAAGGACCCUAACCCCUUGGUUUCGGGCAGGGUCCCGGCCGGACAGUCUGGAGCGAGCAUCUGAGUGAAACUGAGAUCAGUUUCCCACUCAGACAAGGAAGCUGGCGGCGCAGGGGUACGCCGUUUCCGCCCGUCCCUUCGUGUUCCGCCGACGGUCCUGCCCCGGCCGCCAUCGGUGCCUCAGGUUCCGCCAACACCGGGCAGGGCGCGAGCUGCCGCGAGAGGGCGCCGCGAGAGGGGCUGCCGGUACCAUGGCUUCUGCGGGUGGCCGCCCCUUGGGCCUCCUGGCCUGGCUCCUGAUCCUUCAGCCCCGGCUCAGCGAGGCCCCAGCGGGCCGGCCCGAGCCACCGCUUUCUCACUACCCUCUCUCCUCGGGGGGCCGCGAGGACCCGGUAGCACACCGAUGGCCGCCACCACCUUUGGAGGCUCAGGAAUCUCCGAGGGUCCUCCAUUCCUCUCUGUUUACGUUUACCCCAGUAUGUGGCCGUUCCUUCCUGAAAAUCGUGGGCGGACAGGAUGCAGAGGAAGGAAAGUGGCCCUGGCAGGUGAGCGUGAGGAUCCACGGCAGGCACAUCUGCGGAGGCUCCCUCGUCACGUCCAAGUGGGUGGUGACCGCGGCCCACUGCAUUAUAAGCCGUUACCAUUACAGUGUGAAGAUGGGAGAUCGGAGUAUCCUUGCGGAAAACACAAGUCUGGUGGUCCCUGUUAAAAAGAUCAUUGUCCACCCUAAGUUCGCAACUUUUACAACUGUUGAACAUGACCUUGCCAUUCUCCAGCUCGUCUACUCUGUGAAUUUUACUUCGAACAUCCAGCCUAUUUGUAUCCCUCGGGAAACUUUCCAGGUGGAAUCUGGGACCAGGUGCUGGGUGACUGGAUGGGGCAAAACACAAGAAGGCGGUUUUCCAGCAAAAAUUCUCCAGGAGGUGGAGCUAUCUGUCAUCCGCAAGGAAAAAUGUAAUGAGAUGAUGCAGAGGAUCUUGUUAUCUUCUAGGGAAAUAAUACAAAAAGGGAUGAUCUGUGGCUAUGGAGGAAAGGGAAAGGAUUCUUGCCAGGGAGAUUCUGGGGGCCCAAUGGCCUGUGAAUAUAAUGACACAUGGGUCCAAGUGGGGGUUGUGAGCUGGGGCAUGGGCUGUGGUCGUGAAGGAAUACCUGGAGUUUACACAGAUGUUAGUUUCUACAGCAAGUGGCUGGUUGCAGUGGUGAACCAGGCUACCUCUUUGUAUUCGGUGGUGUUCCUCAUCUUACUCCUGUGCCUUGUGCAGCCCCUGGGCAUCCUGGUGACUCCAUGAUGGCCCCAGCACACUACCCUCCUGUUUCUGAGUCUCAAACUUAGGCAUCUCCUCCGACCAACCUCCUGCUCCUUCUCCGCGCCCUUUCCUCAAAUCCCAGUUGUGAUCCCCUGGCCCUCUGGAGAUCCACACAAGCGAGCAUGGCAGGGAGACUGGGGCCUGGAAAGUGCCCCUGCCUGGUGCUCCGGUCACCUGCCUUGGCCACCCCUACACCUGGGCUAUGCUCUGCCUGGUGGGAAGGAGGGGACGAACCGAUGCCAGCUAAGGGGCCAGGACCUGCCAGGUGGGGCGUGAUGACUCAUCGCCAUCUCGGAGAACAUCUGCCAAAGAAGAGACACCACCAACGGUGAAGCAAGCAUUAGACCUGGUCGUGGUUUCAGGGCUCUCACCUGAGACUUUGUGAAGCAGUCAGCUUGGUGAUUGCUCAGAGAGAGUGAAGGAGGCGUUGCCAGGUCCCUGCAGAGGUGCGAGGCCUCGAAUACAUGUGGCUCAGUCGUCUGGGGCUGGGAGAAGCUCCCCUGUGCCCCACUGUGGAUCCAUGUGUGAGUGGACAGCCUCUGCCACACAAGCCCUGUUGGGGUGACCCAUUCUUGGCACCCCCUUCCUCAGUGUCCUAGGGGCCACAUCCAGG